GUCUAAAGUCUCACGAAAACGUUUCUACUUUCCCUCUCAAAACUCUCAUUAAACCUCAUUAAAUCCCUAAAUUCAAUAAUUAUAAAUUCAAAUCGUUUCGAGUGUCUCCACAGUAACGAUCAGAAAACGAUGGCGGCGAAUCUAACGGCGGGAGCGAUCGCGAAGAUGCUGAGCGGAGAAGUAACGGAUGAGAAAGCGAUGACGCCGAUUCUCCAAGUGACGGAGAUCAAAAUGAUCCAACAAGCGCGAAGGAACCAGGAGGUUAGCUUCGAGAGGUAUAAAAUCGCCUUAUCCGACGGGAUCCAGUCGCAGGAAGGUAUGCUUAGCGCUAACUCCAACGUUUUAGUGAAGCAAGGGAGUAUUCAAAUCGGAUCGGUUAUUAAACUCACUCGAUUCAGUUGCAGUCCCGUUAGGGAUCGUAGGAUUGUUAUUGUUAAUGAACAAGAGAUUAUUGCGGAGAAAUGGAAUAUAAUUGGGAAUCCUAUUCCAUUGUUGACUCCUAAUGCACAAAUCAAUAGUGUAGUAACUAAUUCACCUCAAGCUCAAGCUCAAGCUGUUCAUAGACAAGCCUUUGGUACUGGUUUUCAUCAGCAACAGGAUAUAAGGAGUGAACUCAAUGGUGUAGCCAAUUCAUCUCAAGCUCAAGUUGUUCAAAGACAAGCCUUUGGUGCUGGUGCUGGUGCUGGUUCUGGUACUGGUUUUAACCAGCAACAGGCUACAAGGAGUGUAGCCAAUUCAUCUCAAGCUCAAUUAGUUCAAAGACAACCCUUUGUUUCCGCUACAUCACCUUCUGCUAGACCAUACGUGAGCUCAAAUGCAGGUUACGAAAGCUCUAGGCAGGAGCAGACUUAUUAUACUCGCCCACCGGUUCAGCCUCAGCAACCAUCUAUGUAUGUUAACAGGAGUCCUGUGGCUAGGAACCAAGCUGCUGCUCCGAUGACUAUUCCUGUUGCGGCUCUUAAUCCUUACCAGAGUAGGUGGACUAUUAAGGUUAGGGUGACGAGUAAAGGAGAGCUUAAGCGUUAUAGUAAGACUAAUGGGGAAGGGAAGUUAUUCAGUUUUGAUCUUCUUGAUGCUGAUGGUGGGGAGAUUCGGGUUACUUGUUUUAAUGAGGUGGUUGAUAAGUUUUUUGACGUGGUUGUUGUUGGUAAUGUUUAUUUGAUCUCGAAGGGAAGUGUGAAGCCUGCAAAGAGAGAAUAUAAUCAUCUUCCUAAUGACUAUGAGAUACAGUUAGAAACUUGGUCAGCUGUGGAACAGUGUUAUGAGGAUGAUGUGGCUAUUCCGAGGAAUCUGUUUCGUUUUCGUUAUAUAAGUGAUAUUGAGAACAUGGAGAGUAAUAGUGUCGUUGAUCUGGUUGGUAUUGUGUCGUCCAUCAGUCCUAGUGGUUUGAUUAUGAGGAAGAAUGGGAGUGAAGCACAGAAGAAGGCACUUCAGUUGAAGGAUAUGUCGGGAAGAAGCGUGGAAGUAACUAUGUGGGGUAACUUCUGCAACGUAGAAGGACAGAGACUGCAGAGUCUUUGUGACUCUGGUACAUUCCCGGUUCUUGCUGUGAAGGCGGGGAGGAUCAGUGAGUUUAACGGGAAGCAAGUGAGCACCAUUGGAUCAAGUCAACUCUACGUAGAGCCAGAUUUCCCUGAAGCCAGAGUAGUGAGGGAAUGGUAUGAGAGAGAAGGACGUAAUGCUCCUUGUAUCUCGAUAUCUAGAGUGUUUUCCGGCGCUGGCAGACAAGAGAUUCGCAAGGUGAUCACUCAAAUCAAGGACGAGAAUCUAGGGACCUCAGAGAAGCCAGACUGGAUCACAGUCAGUGCCACCAUUUCAUUCAUGAAGGUUGAUAAUUUCUGCUACACAGCUUGUCCUAUCAUGAAUGGAGAUCGUCAAUGCAGCAAAAAGGUGAUCAAUAACGGAGAUGGGACUUGGCGGUGCGAGAGAUGUGACCAGAGCGUGGGUGAAUGUGACUACAGGUAUAUAUUGCAGCUACAGUUACAGGACCAUACGGGAGUAACGUGGGCCACUGCGUUUCAGGAAGCUGGUGAGGAGAUAAUGGGAAUGCCUGCGAAAGAGUUGUAUUAUCUCAAGUAUGAGGAUCAGGAUGAGGAGAAAUUUGAAGACAUCAUCCGCAAGGCUGCUUUCACCAAGUACAUUUUCAAGCUGAAGGUUAAAGAAGAAACUUAUGGCGACGAAAACCGUGUGAAAGCAACGGUUGUGAAAGCUGAGAAGGUGGACUAUUCUUCAGAUACAAGGUCCCUGGUAGAGGCAAUACAUAAACUCAGCACAGAAGAUGCAAAUUCUCUCACUGUAAACCCAGAGAGUUCUAACUACAGGUCUGGUGCAUUAAACUCUGGUGUUGGGACCUCAUCAGUGAACAUGCAAGGCAGAGGAUUUGGAUUACCUGCAGCAAAUCAAUUCAGUAGCGACUCAAGACCUCGAGGCGGUAUGGUUCUGUGUGGCGCAUGUGGGAGCAAUGGUCAUGUUUUUGCUAACUGCCCAAGCUUUAUGAGUGAGCCACAAGGAGAACACUAUGUGAGCACACAAGGAAGAAACGCAGGAAGAGGCAUGCCAAGGCAACAUGUUGGGAGCUAUUGA